CUGGGCCGCCGGCGCCCGGAGCCGCCUGGUGGCGGGGAUGUCUCAGCCAAGCCGGGAGCACAGCCCCAGCCGGCUGUCUCCGCCCGAGCCGGCUUUCCAAAGGGUGCUGGCGAUGGAGCUGGGGAGCACUGACCAUCCCGAGGCGGGCACCCAGACUUCUGUCCCUCUCCGGGGCUGGCGGUUGGACUCUGAAAAAGGCCCAUCAUUAAAAGGGUCAGGCUUCCCUGGCGGUGGCUGCUGGUACUUGGCUCGCAGCCUGGGGUGGCAGAGCUCUGCUAGCAGCUCGGUUCACUCCCACUUCGUCCUGGCUGAAAGCGGUUUUGUGCUUUGAAAGGUCGCCAACAACAGCCAAGUGUGAUUACCUGACUUUGGGCAGGCCAGCAGUGCUCACGUUAUCUGGUCUGCUUUGGGGGACUCGGUGGUGUUACAUGUCAAUUUCAUGCUUUGGGGGCUCCUAGCCCCACAAAACACCUUCAGCAGAGCCUUUAUUAAAGGAAACCUGCAGACAGA